AUGCCGGAAGUCAGACAAUUGGGAACUGAGCCGGUAUGUCUCGCUUCAACUAGAAGUCAGGACACACAGCCUCGUUGCCAAGACCAAGCUUCUUCUGUUCGAAGACUCGAUAGAGGUAUAAAGCCCGCUGAUACGCGGGGAGAUGUGUCGGCUGCCACGGACUUUACUCACUUCAAGAGCGUCAAAUGGUCUCCUGAUGGUACCACUCUUCUGACAGAUUCAUCAGACCAUAAUAUAAGAACCUAUAUCUUACCUCCGGAUCUCCUAGACGAAGAGAGCUUGCCGCACAAAUUAUCACAUUAUUCCAUUUUGUCAUCCGGAGAACCCACAUAUGCCACUGCGUUCUACCCUUUCUUUUCACUUCAGGAGCCUUCUUCUGCCAUCUUUCUCUCGUCGGUAAGAGACCAUCCGAUAAGGCUGACUUCCGCAUUGGCACCAAUGUCUUUGGCAACUUACUCGCUUGUGAACCCAAUGACUGAGGCCUUCAUCACUCCACAUUCCAUGAUUUAUCCUCCUUCUCUUGGUGGCACACAUUUCCUCACCGGCUCGGAUAGCAUGAUAUGUCUCUUUGAUGUUUCUCGUCCUGGUAAUGAGGGCCCGGUUUCUUGGAUGCCCACCAUACCGAGUAAGCGCAAGCAGCUGGUGGGUGGUGGUAUAGGAAUGAAGGGUAUCAUCUCGGCGAUGGCUCUGAAUCCAGACCAAGGCGGUAUCCUCGCAGCCGGCACAUUCUCGCGAAAUGUGGGGCUCUAUGAUUCAAACGGCUCGGGGCAGUCCCUUGGAACGUUCAAUGUCUCGAGGACUGAAGCAGACCGACAUAUCGGGGGUGGGGGGGUUACUCAACUCCUCUGGAGUCCGUGCGGGCGAUACCUAUAUAUAGCUGAACGCAAGAGCGACGGUGUAUUGGUAUACGACAUUAGAGUGACUGGGCAACUUCUAGGAUGGCUCCAGGGACGGAGGGCAUUUACCAAUCAAAGAAUGGAAAUCGAUCUCGUGUCAACCGCACAGGGCAGCUCGCACGAGAUCUGGGCUGGCGGAACGGAUGGCUUCAUGAGAUUGUGGCAGGACCCGGCAUACACUGCUGGCGGGCAGGAUCCGGGAUGGGAAUGGAGAGUCAACUUGAGCAAUGAUUCAGUCAGCAGCACUGUUAUGCAUCCAACAGGCGACAUCGCAGCCACAACGUCUGGCCAAAAGUGCCUCAAGGAUCAUGCCAUCGACGGCAGCGACGAAUCUAAUCGCAACGAGCCCAACCCUUUGUUGGAUGUCUGGCUUCUUCCUCGUCUAAAUGGGGCGCAAGACUGA